GGGCAGGGCAGGGCAGGGCAGGGCCGGGCGGCCGCGCAGGCGAAGAGGAGGCGUUGCGUGCCGGGUCCGGCGUUUCGUCUUCUCUGACAAGCACAUAACAGUGUAUACACUUAAAAGCAAGAAAUGAAAGCCCUACUAGAACUGCAUUGUAUAUACUGUGCUUACCUGAGGAGAGGAUGAAAGAGAACAUGAUUCAUAUUGUUUAAAGCACUACAGCUAAUUUGUAGUCUUACAGCACCAAAAACUGUCCAGCAUUUGAGAUGACCACUAGAAUUCUGUAAUUGUGUGUAGUGAGAUUGAAGCGUUGUUCAAGGUCCAGGAAAUAUGAGCUGAGAGAAAAUGACUGCAAUCAAACAUGCUUUACAGAGGGACAUUUUCACUCCAAAUGAUGAACGUUUAUUGAGCAUUGUGAAUGUGUGCAAAGCAGGAAAAAAGAAGAGAAACUGCUUUUUGUGUGCCACAGUAACAACUGAACGGCCAGUGCAGGUAAAUGUGGUGAAAGUGAAGAAAUCUGAUAAAGGAGAUUUCUACAAAAGACAGACAGCAUGGGCACUUCGUGAUCUAGCAGUUGUGGAUGCCAAAGAUGCUAUUAAAGAAAAUCCUGAAUUUGACUUGCAUUUUGACAAGGUGUACAAAUGGGUUGCCAGCAGCACAGUGGAAAAGAAUACUUUCAUUUCAUGCAUCUGGAAACUGAAUCAGAGAUAUCUUAGAAAGAAAAUUGACUUUGUAAAUGUUAGUUCCCAGCUUUUGGAAGAAUCUGUUCCAAGUGGAGAGAAUCAGAGCGUAACAGGAGGAGAUGAAGAAGCUGUAGAUGAGUAUCAAGAGCUAAAUGCAAGAGAGGAGCAGGAUAUUGAAAUAAUGAUGGAAGGCUGUGAAUAUGCUAUCUCCAAUGCUGAAGCCUUUGCAGAAAAAUUAUCCAGAGAGCUGCAGGUGCUAGAUGGGGCAAACAUACAGUCGAUCAUGGCCUCAGAGAAACAGGUGAACAUCUUGAUGAAGCUGCUGGAUGAGGCUCUGAAGGAAGUGGAUCAAAUUGAGAUGAAGCUGAGCAGCUACGAAGAAAUGCUGCAGAGUGUAAAAGAGCAAAUGGAUCAGAUUUCAGAAAGCAAUCACCUCAUCCAUCUCAGCAACACAAAUAAUGUGAAGCUACUGUCUGAGAUAGAAUUCUUAGUUAAUCAUAUGGAUUUGGCAAAAGGUCAUAUAAAGGCUCUCCAAGAGGGAGAUCUGACAUCCUCUCGAGGCAUUGAAGCUUGCACUAAUGCAGCAGAUGCCCUUCUGCAAUGCAUGAAUGUAGCUCUUCGCCCAGGACAUGAUAUGCUUCACGCAGUCCAACAGCAACAACAGCGGUUUAGUGACCUGCGUGAGCAGUUUGCCCGGAGACUUACCAAUCAUCUGAAUAGUGUGUUCGUUCAGCAGGGUCAUGAUCAAAGUUCCACGCUUGCCCAGCACUCUGUCGAGUUGAUGUUACCCAAUCACCAUCCCUUCCACAGAGACUUACUUCGAUAUGCCAAACUGAUGGAGUGGCUCAAGAAUACAGAUUAUGGAAAAUAUGAUGGGCUAACAAAAAAUUACAUGGAUUAUUUAUCACGGCUAUAUGAAAGGGAAAUAAAAGAUUUCUUUGAGGUUGCCAAAAUCAAGAUGACUGGCACAACCAAAGAAGGAAAAAAGUUUGCUACACUGCCUCGAAAAGAAAGUGCUGUCAAACAGGAAACAGAGAGUCUUCAUGGAAGUUCUGGAAAAUUGACUGGAUCUACUUCUAGCUUAAAUAAACUCUCUGUUCAGAGUUCAGGAAAUCGUAGGUCUCAAUCAUCCUCUCUGCUGGAUAUGGGAAACAUGUCAGCUUCUGAUCUUGAUGUGGCUGAUAGAACUAAAUUUGAUAAGAUUUUCGAGCAGGUGCUAAGUGAACUGGAGCCCCUGUGUCUGGCAGAGCAGGACUUCAUUAGUAAAUUCUUCAAACUGCAGCAGCAUCAGAGCAUGCAUGGAACAACAAUGAGUGAAACAGAGGACACGGAUGGAGGAACUUUAUCUCGGUCAUAUAAUCCUUGUGUUGCACAGCCUAUUUCUUCUGAGAAAGACAUGAUCCGGCAGAUGAUGAUAAAAAUAUUUCGCUGUAUUGAGCCUGAGCUAAAUAAUCUUAUAGCUUUGGGAGACAAGAUUGAUAGCUUUAAUUCCCUUUAUAUGCUAGUUAAAAUGAGUCACCAUGUUUGGACAGCACAAAAUGUGGACCCUGCUUCCUUCCUCAGCACAACACUUGGAAAUGUUUUGGUGACUGUCAAAAGGAACUUUGACAAAUGCAUUAGUAACCAAAUUAAACAGAUGGAAGAGGUAAAGAUAUCAAAGAAGAGUAAAGUUGGAAUCCUUCCUUUUGUGGCUGAGUUUGAAGAGUUUGCGGCACUUGCUGAGUCUAUUUUUAAGAACGCAGAGCGCCGAGGCGAUCUUGAUAAAGCCUACUUAAAACUUAUAACUGCUGUUUUCUUUAAUGUGGAAAAAGUGGCAAAUGAAAGCCAGAAAACUCCCAGGGAUGUGGUGAUGAUGGAGAACUUCCACCAUAUUUUUGCUACACUUUCUCGUUUGAAAAUUUCAUGUCUCGAGGCUGAGAAAAAAGAAGCUAAACAGAAAUACACGGAUCAUCUUCAGUCUUAUGUUAUCUACUCUUUGGGACAGCCUCUUGAGAAACUGAAUCAUUUCUUUGAGGGUGUUGAAGCUCGUGUGGCACAAGGUGUAAGAGAAGAGGAAGUAAGUUAUCAAUUAGCUUUCAAUAAACAAGAGCUACGAAAAGUUAUAAAGGAAUAUCCUGGUAAGGAAGUGAAGAAGGGAUUGGAUAAUCUGUAUAAGAAGGUUGACAAACAUCUUUGUGAAGAAGAAAACUUACUUCAGGUUGUAUGGCAUUCUAUGCAAGAUGAAUUUAUACGCCAGUACAAGCAUUUUGAAGGGCUGAUAGCUCGCUGCUAUCCUGGAUCAGGUAUUACUAUGGAAUUCACUAUCCAAGACAUCUUAGACUACUGUUCCAGUAUUGCACAAUCUCACUAAUUUCUACAAAGAGAAAGAUAAGCUAACAGGAAAGCUUGUGACAGGGAAAACAAAAUCACGCUCUUAUAAAUGUUACUUGCUUUGCAAAGAUGGAAUUACAAGCAUCUUCAGAUGUCUUAUAAAUGUCUAUUUACACUCCCAUCUCAUGUGUGUCUAAAUGUAGAAUGAAAAACCUAAGUAGCAGUGUUGCUUUCGAGUGGGUGGUAGCAAUACUUUAAAGCCAUGAAUUCCACAAAACACUUCAGAUACCAUUUUCUUCCCCUUUAUGCAUAUGUUUAUUUAUACUUUUCCCCCCUCCUAAUGGCAACUACCCUUGUAAAUGUGUAGCACAUGGAAAUGACACUACCCUUCUAUCUUCAAUAGUACUUUAUAUCCUGGAAAUUAUGUAACCAUUAAAAGAUUGUACAGACCUUUUCUGCCUCUGGCUGUAAUAUAUGGAUGUGGCAUUAAUCCAAAUAAAAUGAUAAAUUCAUGUUUUGAGAAGGUAA